GUCACUAACCAGGAUUAGUUGAGUCAGAAGGUGCAGCUGUUUAUUUUGCCACAACCACAUCCUGUUGCUAGCAUGGGUACCAGAGGCCAGUUUUGCCGCCUCCUCUUUACUACUGUCCUCACGUUAUCGAAUGCUGGGCUUGUAAAGAAAAUCCUUCGGCAUCCACGAGAGACUUCUUCAUCUUCUGGACAACAUAACAUCACCUUCCCCAGUCCAGAACAUCCUGUAGUCUUCAACCAUGUCUACAACAUCAAUGUACCCGCAAGCUCUUUGUGCUCCGUGAACUUGGACACCCCAGACGGCAUGCAACUGCACCCCAAAGAUGGAGCAGCAGGCUCAGACUAUCAUACUACUGAGCACACCCUAGACGGGCAGAACCAGAUUAUCUUCACCCACCGUAUCAACAUACCAUGGCAGGCCUGUGGUUGUAUCGAGAAUCUGCCCGGCAUGAAGGAACUCAUGAGCAGGUUGGAGAUGCUGGAGAGCCAAGUUUCAGUAUUGAGAGAGCGGUGCAACGGUAACGGUGGCUGCUGCAGCUCACAGGUCACAGGUGAAGUGGGUACUAAACCUUACUGCAACGGUCACGGAAACUACAGUGCUGAAACCUGUGUCUGCAUUUGUGAAUCUGGCUGGAAAGGAACCAACUGCACUGAGCCCGACUGUCCGAAUAACUGCGAGGGCCGAGGCCGCUGUGUGGAGGGAAAGUGUGAGUGCCAGGAGGGCUUUGCAGGAGAAGACUGCACGUCAGAGGUUUGCCCCGUGGACUGCGGAGAACACGGCCACUGCGUGGGCGGCAUCUGUGUCUGCUCAGAUGGUUUCUCCGGUAAAGACUGCUCCCUGACCGCCUGCCUCAACAACUGCCAAGGGCACGGCCGCUGUGAAGCUGGAGACUGUGUGUGCUAUAAACCCUGGACGGGUUCCGAUUGCUCUGAACUCAACUGCCCCAAAGACUGCAAUGAUCAUGGGCGCUGCGUGAAUGGAACCUGUUACUGCAACGAGGGUUACAUUGGGGAGGACUGUGGGAAUCGUACCUGUCCCAACAACUGUCGAGGUAACGGGUACUGCCAAAAUGGCAUAUGCGUCUGCAGCGUCGGCUAUAGUGGAGAUGACUGCUCUCACUUCACCUGCCUCAAUGACUGUAAUGGUCGAGGUACAUGCUUCAACGCCAUGUGUAUUUGUAACACGGGCUACCAAGGGGAGGACUGCAGCCAGUUAGCAUGUCCAAACAACUGCAAUACCAGAGGCCAGUGCAUAAAUGGGCAUUGUGCUUGUGAUGUAGGUUUCCAGGGCGAGGACUGCUCUGAGCUGUCCUGCCCCAGUAACUGUCUCCUCAGAGGACACUGUGUUAAUGGCCAGUGUGUGUGUGACGAAGGCCUCACUGGUGAGGACUGCAGCAUCAAGACGUGCCCCUCAAACUGUUACGGCCGAGGGGACUGUAUUGGCGGCCGUUGUAGGUGCUAUGCUGGCUUCACUGGUGAAGACUGCAGUGAGCUGAGCUGCCCAAACAAAUGUCAAAACCGUGGCCGGUGCAUUGAUGGUCAGUGUGUGUGUGACGAAGGCUUCAGCGAAGAAGACUGCAGUCAGAAAGCCUGUCCCAACGACUGCAACGCUCGAGGACGCUGUUUUGACGGCAAGUGUGUAUGUCAGGAAGGCUUUUCAGGGGACGACUGUUCCGGGCUUAUUUGUCCAGAUAACUGCAACAAUAGGGGGCGCUGUAUCAAGGGAAGGUGUAUAUGUGAGACUGGAUAUGAAGGACGUAGCUGUGCAGAGCAGAGCUGCCUCAACAACUGUCAGGAGAAAGGACAGUGCGUGAACGGUCAGUGCAUCUGUGACGAGGGAUACGUUGGUGAAGACUGCUCACUGGUGUCUCCUCCGAAGGACCUGAGCAUCGACGAGGUCACCACUAAAACAGUGGGUCUGUCCUGGAACAAUGACAUGCUGGUGACGGAAUACCUUAUUACCUACAUACCCACAUUUCCUGGUGGUCUGUCCCAAGAGUUUACUGUACCAGGAGUCAAAACUUCUGCCACUGUCAAAGAGUUAGAACCCGGCAUUGAGUACCUGAUCAACGUCUACGCUGUUUUAAGUAACAAGAGAAGUGUCCCCGUCAGUGCCAGGGUGGCAACACAUCUCCCACAGCCGGAGGGUUUAAGGUUCAAAUCUGUGAGGGAGACCUCAGUGGAGAUAACGUGGGAUCAGUUGGACAUCCCCUUUGAUGGCUGGGAGGUGUAUUUCCGCAACACGAAAGAAGAAAAUGGGAAAAUCGUGACCCUCCUUCCACCCUCUCAAAAUCAGUUCCUCCAGUCAGGUCUUGGACCAGGACAAGAAUACAAAGUGUCCAUCAACAUCAUCAAGAACAACACCAGUGGACCCCAGAUAUCCAAAACAGUCACCACCAAGAUUGACGGCCCCCAGCAGGUGGAGGUGAAAGACGUGACGGACUCGUCAGCUCUUGUCAGCUGGUCUCAGCCUGUGAUGCCUGUGGACAAAGUCACCAUAAUGUAUGGGCCGACUUCAGACCCCUCCGACAGAACCACUGUGGUCAUUUUCUUUCCAGACAAACAGUUCAGCAUUGACAAUCUAAGACCAGACACCGACUACCAGGUGUCCCUCAUCUCAGGGAGGGGAGGCAUCACAAGUGACCCGGUCACAGAGUCUUUUACCACAGGUCUGGAUGCCCCCGAGGAUCUGCAGGCUGUGUCUCAGACAGAUAACAGCAUCACUCUGCUGUGGCGGAACAGUCAGGCGGAUGUUAGCAGCUAUCGAGUGAAAUACAGCCCCAUCUCUGGAGCUGCUCAGGGGGAGGAAGUGUUCCCUCGAGGUUCUGGAGACACCACGCAAGCCAUCAUCAUUGGGCUAAAUCCAGGAACAGAGUACGGGAUCGGAGUGACGGCUGUGAAGAAAGAGACAGAAAGUCUCCCUGCUACGACAAACGCAGCAACCGACCUCGACCCCCCCAGAGACCUAGAAAAACGUGAGUCCACGGAGACCACCCUCACCCUGCAGUGGCAGAAACCUCAGGCUAAAGUCGCUGUCUACAAGCUGGUUUACAUCUCACGAGAUGGCCAGUUUGAAGAAGUGGACGUUCCAGACUCGGCCACGAGCUACGUGUUAAGCAACCUAAGUCCAGGAAUGAGCUACACAAUCACCUUGACAGCAGAAAGGGGCCACAGGAGGAGUGCACCUGUCACCCUGUCUGCAUCCACAGCAGAAACGCUGAAUCCCAGGGUGGUGAACCUCACCAUCUCUGACGUCACAUGGGACAGCUUCAUUGUGUCCUGGAGCUCCACAGGUGGGGAAUUUGACAGCUUUGUCAUUGAGGUAACUAACUUGGAGAAUACGGCAGAGAGCCAGAACCUCACUCUGUCUGGAGAUGCGUUCAGUCUCGGCAUCCCAGGGCUGAAUCCCAGCACCAGCUACAUGGUCGGCCUUUAUGGGGUGUAUCAGGGAUCCUCCCAGGAACCUUUGUACACUGAAGCCACCACAGAGGCCGAGGCAGAGGUGGAGCAUCUUUUUAUCUCAGACAUCACAGCCGACAGCUUCCGCCUGUCAUGGACGGCUGAUGAAGACAUAUUUGACAGAUUUGUGAUCAAAAUUAGAGACACCAAAAGAUUAGCUCAUCCCAAGGAGUACGUCGUCCGUGGCGAUGAGCGAACCAAGGUUUUAAGUGGGCUCAUGACUGGCACCGAAUAUGAAGUCGAGUUAUAUGGUGUCACGUUGGAUCAGCGCUCUCAACCCAUUACUGGGGUUGCUCAGACAGGUCUGAGCUCUCCACGAGGACUUCACUUUUCUGAAGUGACCGAUUCGUCUGCCGUUGUUCACUGGUCCAUGCCGAACUCUCCAGUAGAUAACUACCGCGUCACCUAUGUGCCAUUUGAAGGCGGAGCUCCGAUGACGGUGACGGUGGAUGGCAGUAUCUUUGAGGCUUUACUGCACAGUAUGAUUCCUGGAAAGGCCUACCAGGUGACUGUGAGUGCCGUGAAGGGUCUGGAUGACAGCGACCCAAGCUCAGACAUCGUGACCACGGCUCUGGACAAACCUCAGGGACUGACUGUGGUCAACGUGACCGACACCUCGGCACUGUUGCUGUGGCAGCCCUCUGUGGCCACUGUUGAUGGUUACGUCGUUACCUACACAGCUGACACAGCACCUUCGGCAGUGGAGCAUGUGUCCGGGAAUACGGUGGAGUUUGAGAUGGGCUCCCUGAUUCCAGGCACACACUACAUGGUUGGUCUACAUGCUGUGAAGGAUGUACAGAAGAGUGCCUCAGCCGUUACUCAGUUCAUCACGGGUGUGGACCCUCCUCGUGACCUGGCAGCUAGUAACAUCCAGACUGACGGUGCUACUCUCACAUGGAGACCUCCACAGGCCGCUGUCACUGGUUACACGCUUACCUUCUCGUCUAAUGACGGCACAAUCAGAGAAGUGGUGUUAAGCCCGACAGCCAUGUCUUAUACCAUGACUCAGCUAACUGGCUCCACUGAAUACAGUGUCACACUGCAGGCCAUUGCCGGAGCCCAGAGAAGUCAUCACAUAAAAAUCAUUUUCAUGACCACUGGACAGUUGGUCAGAUACCCCAGGGACUGUGCUGAAGUCUUCCUGAAUGGAGACACGACCUCCGGCCUCUACUCCAUCUAUGUGGGUGGAGAGGGGAGCCAGGCUGUCCAGGUCUACUGUGACAUGAGUACAGACGGUGGAGGAUGGCUGGUCUUCUUGAGACGCCAGAGUGGAAAUAUUAACUUCUUCAGGAACUGGAAGAACUACACGGCCGGCUUUGGUAACCUGAACGAUGAGUUCUGGCUUGGUCUGUCCACUCUCUAUAAGAUCACAUCAUCUGCUCAGUACGAGCUACGAGUGGACUUGAGGGACCAAGGCGAAUCGAUGUACGCUCAGUAUGACAAGUUCACUCUUGCAGAGCCGAGAACACGCUAUAAAAUCUACUUAGGAGCCUACAGCGGAACAGCAGGCGACUCCAUGACGUACCAUCAGGGUCGACCCUUCUCCACCUUUGACAAUGACAAUGAUGUUGCGGUCACCAACUGCGCCCUGUCCUACAAAGGUGCCUUCUGGUAUAAAAACUGUCAUCGUGUCAACCUCAUGGGAAAAUACGGUGACAACAGUCACAGUAAGGGGAUCAACUGGUUCCACUGGCGGGGCCACGAACACUCCAUCGAAUUUGCAGAGAUGAAAAUCAGACCGGCGAACUUCAGAAAUUUUGAAAGCAGAAAAAAGAGGUCAUAGAUAUCUUCUUCCACCUUCAUCAUUUACACUUUAUCUCCUUCCCCCGGAGGCUUCAUCGGUGAACAUCUGCGUCCCCUCGUCCCCAGAUCACAACAGCAAAACAGUUAAAAAUAAGGCAGCCACACCGGACACAAUGACAAACAUCACCCACCAGGCAAAGAACGAAUGGCUUUGUUAUAUAUGUGUGACUGCAGAGGUUGGUUCCAAGAGAGACUGUGGUCAUACAGGGAUAACAUCCUAAUGGGACCAAACUGCUUCCUUCCUGUGAGAAUUUUUCUUUUUUUAAAUAGUGUAAAUGGAUCCAGUCAAGUAGUAAAAUGUCAAAGGCACAUAAUCGGAAGGCGUUAGGCCGCCGCAGCCCCUUCAGUAACACGAUGGUAGAACCACUGAAUUCACCUUCAGCCGAGAUAUGAAGAAAAA